AUGGCGAAUUCAGUUGAUAUAAGCCCUCAAAUGGACAACCAACUCCUCGAGCCUACAUAUACUGACGAGGCUUCUAAGGGAGAUAAAAAAAAGAAUAAGAAGAAAGUAAAGAAAGAAGAAAAGCCCGGAAAAGAGGAGAUAAAAGAUAAAAAAGUGGCUAAGCACUUGGCAAAAAUCAAAGAGGAGGUUGCAAAGAGGAAAGAGGAGGUAGAAAGAAUUAAAAAGAAGGAAGAAGAGGAGGAGCGGCUUUAUCAGCAGCAUUUAAAGGAUCUAGAAGAAAAAGAAAGACUUGAGAAGGAGAAAAAGGAGAGGAAAAAGAUUAAGGAACGAGAACGUAAACAGCGCCUCAAGGCUGAAGGAAAACUACUAACCGACAAACAAAGAGAAGACCGCCGCAAAGUGAUGGAAAUGCUUCAAGCAAACCAAGGGACACUUGAUGAUACGCAUAAAGAUGCGGCUAAAAAACCCGUUUAUUCAAAAUUACAUAAGCGAAAGCCAAAAGAAGAAAUUAUUGAGCACACAGAAAACGCAUUAUUGGAACAGGAGCAGUCUUCUUCUGGUGAGGAAGCUUGUUUUGACAAUUGGGAAGAAUUGGUCGAAUCCAUUAAAGAUUCAAAAAAUGGAAAUGAUGAUAUUUGUGACGGUAUUAAACUUCAUGGGUGUGAACGGCCUGAGGGUUUUGGGCACAAUGAGUCCGUUUUAUCCGAAGAGGAAAAGCGUUCGAUGAUCGUUGCAGCAAAAGAACGCUUAAGGUUACGUCAUUUGGAAUUUGAGGCAGCACGUUCUACUGAUAAACUUCGGUCGGGUGUAAUUUGUGUGCUUGGCCAUGUAGAUACAGGAAAAACGAAAAUUCUGGACAAAUUACGUGGUUCAAAUGUUCAAAAUCGAGAGGCAGGUGGAAUCACACAACAAAUCGGUGCAACCAACGUUCCAAAAGAAAAUAUCUGCUCAGCAACGCGAAUGUGCACUUAUUUUGAUUCCAAGAAAAUGAAGCUUCCUGGACUUCUUAUAAUCGAUACUCCUGGUCACGAGUCCUUCAGUAAUCUUCGCAUCCGCGGCUCCUCAUUGUGUGAUUUAGCGAUUCUUGUUGUUGAUCUAAUGCAUGGAUUAGAGGAACAGACAAAGGAAUCUAUCAAAAUUCUGAGGUCUCGCAAAAUUCCGUUUAUCGUAGCCCUAAAUAAAAUCGACCGCCUUUAUGAGUGGAGGUCCGAACCUGACCAGUUUGUUGAAAAAACUUUAUCAGAACAGAGUAUGAUGGCAAAAAACCAAUUCGAUGAUCAUUACAAAAAGGUUGUUCAAGACUUUGCUUUGAUGGAAGUAAAU